AUGGAGGUGGGCGGCUUUGUGACGGUGGCUGGACUCGUUUGGGCUGUGGUGUACCUGGCGGUUGGACUGGCUCUCGCCGUCUUGGCUCUCUACCUGUACUUGCAGUAUGUGUGGAGAGUGGGCAAACGGCUGGCUGUUCCGCUGCUCCCGCCGCGGUUCCCGCUCGGAUCGGCGGCGAUCUUCUCGGAUCUGGCAAGGGCUGGCGGAAGGCGACGUGAGUUCAACCUCUUCCGCCAUCUGCAUCACGUCUUUCUCAAUCCGCGUGAGUGGCUCGUAGAUCUGCAUCUUGACGAGACUGCCGAGCGUGAUGCUCGCGGCGCGCCGCGCGCCAUCCAGCUGUACUUUGCCACGCGGUCCAUGCUUGUGCUGCGGACGCGCGAAGAUCUGCAGGUCAUGCUGGGGAGCAAGGCAUGCGCUGGGCGGAUUGUGUCGGCCAUUGGCAACGAGAUCUUCCGCCAAAAGGGUAUUGUCUUUAUCUCGGACAUGCCCAAGUGGAAGGUCCAUCGGUCUGCAGCACUGCGGGGCCUCCUUCGCCCCUCAUUUCUCAAGCGCCUGUUUGCGACAUCGAUGGUGCCGGUGGCGGAUGACUUUGUGGCUCACGUUGAGGCGAGCGGCACGGUGUUUGACGUUGCAGACCUCUCGGCGCUUACUCUUGAGAUCAUCGGCGAGGCCGCGCUCUCGCUCUGCCUCUGCUCAUUCCCGCGAGCCUCACUCAAGGGCGGCACCGGCGCAAAAAGCGACGAUCUGGCGUCUCUAGCCGCGUUCCGUGACUCUGUUCACGGCAUUCUCCGCGGGCUCACUCUUCUGGGCACCAAGCCGGGCCUGCUCCUUCCGUUCUAUUCGGCCGAGCGGGCCAAGGUCCAGGCGGCGUCGCGAGUUAUGAUGGAGUUUAUGGAGGCGUUCAUCGCGCAGCGCAAGGCGGCACGGGCGAACGGGAGCCACGCCACGCCGUCGGGCGAACCGGACUUUCUGGAUAUUCUGCUCGAGUCGGCCGAGGCCGAGGAAGCCGACAGCGUCGCAGGUGAGGCGCACUUUACCCAUGCCGACAUUGCGUACACGCUGCAGGACAUGAUGAUUGCUGGGCAUGAGACGACAUCGCACACGCUCGCAUGGGCCCUCUUCUUCCUUGCGCAGGAUCGUGAGCUCCAGGAGCGGGUGGCGAACGAGGUGGUGGGGGCGUGGGGCCCGGACGGCGAGCCCGAGUACGCCUCGCUUGCCUCGCUCGACCUCGUCCAGGCCGUGAUCAAGGAGACGCUGCGGCUGCGGCCGACGGUGCCGUCGCUGAUGCGGCGGACGCUCGAGGAUACCGAGAUCAACGGGCUGGCGGUACCCGCCGACACCGUCAUUAUGGGUGCACCGUACACGCUCGGCCUGGAUCCGGACGAGUACCCGUCGCCCGAGACCUUUGACGCCGACCGCUGGCUGGCAAAUCCGGGUCUCAAGCUCCCGUUUGUCUUUGGCGCCGGUCCACGCUCAUGCAUCGGUGAGCGGAUGGCAAUGAUUGAGGCCAAGCUCGCGCUCAGUGUCUUUGUCCGCGCUUUUGCCUUUACCCUCAUCACUCCGCCGGACGACGUCGACAUGUUCCAAUCGAUCACCAUGUGCCCGCAUCCCAAGCUCGAGCUCUCAGGCCUGCUCUCGAUGCUGCGGAAGCUGAAGAAGACCGAUAAGGAGGUGCGUAUUCUGCUGCUGGGGCUGGACAAUGCAGGGAAGACGUCCAUUCUCAAGAAGCUGGCCAAGGAGGACAUCUCGCACACGAUGCCGACGCAGGGCUUCCAUGUCAAGUCGAUCCAGCAGGAGAGCUUCAAGCUCAACGUGUGGGACAUUGGCGGGCAGCGGACCAUCCGGCCGUACUGGCGCAACUACUUUGACAACUGUGACGCACUGGUCUACGUCAUCGACUCGGCGGACGAGCGGCGGCUGGAGGAGACCGGUUUUGAGCUCAACGAGCUGCUGGAGGAGGACACGCUGUCAGGCAUCCCGCUCCUGCUCUUUGCGAACAAGCAGGAUCUCAUUUCUGCCCUCGACCCGGCAGACAUUGCUGACGGCCUCAACCUCUACGCCAUCCGCGAUCGCCAAUGGCAGAUCCAGGCGUGCUCGGCCAAGACCGGAGACGGUCUGGAGGAGGGCAUGAAGUGGGUUGUCGACUCUAUUAGCUCGGGCUCGGGUGCGGGGCCGUCGUCUUAAGCUGGACCAGCAACCGUGUACCGUGUACCA